UUUAUUAUUAUUAUUGUCUUUAUAAGCUCUCUUGCUGUUUUUGGUCACUCUAGCUAAAGAUUUCCAAGUUCUUCUAUGGUUUUGUUGUGAGCAAGCAAAGAUCGACUUUAUGGUUGCUUCGGAGAUCAAAUCCCCGGUGAGUGUCGACCCCGGUACGCCUGGAGGUUGUUCUAGCUCCUCUGUGCAUCAUAGGAAGCAGUUGAGUGUCUUCUUCAUUGAAUCAGAUAACAGACGUCUGGCUCUUGGUCGUGGCUAUACCGGAGGAACCACUCCGGUUAACAUCCAUGGCAAACCCAUCCCCAAUCUUUCUAAAACUGGUGGUUGGAUUGCAGCUCUCUUCAUUUUCGGAAACGAAAUGGCAGAGAGGAUGGCUUAUUUUGGACUAUCAGUGAACAUGGUGGCGUUCAUGUUCUACGUGAUGCAUAGGCCUUUUGAGAGUUCAUCAAACGCAGUCAACAACUUCCUCGGUAUCUCUCAAGCCUCCUCUGUUUUCGGAGGCUUCUUAGCCGAUGCUUACUUGGGCCGAUACUGGACCAUCGCCAUCUUCACUACCAUGUAUCUUGUCGGGUUGAUAGGAAUAACAUUGGGGGCAAGUUUGAAGAUGUUCGUACCAGACCAGAGCAACUGUGGGGAGUUAUCAUUGCUCUUAGGAAAUUGUGAAGCAGCCAAAUCCUGGCAAAUGGUUUAUCUCUACACAGUUCUCUACAUAACUGGAUUUGGUGCUGCUGGUAUAAGGCCAUGUGUUUCCUCAUUUGGUGCAGACCAGUUUGAUGAGAAGAGUAAAGACUAUAAGACACAUUUAGACCGUUUCUUCAACUUCUUCUAUUUAUCGGUCACCUUAGGCGCAAUCAUUGCCUUCACUUUGGUGGUGUAUGUUCAAAUGGAACUUGGUUGGGGUAUGGCCUUUGGCACUUUGGCCAUGGCUAUGGGGAUUUCUAACGCUUUGUUCUUUGCUGGUACUCCGCUUUAUCGCCAUAGGUUGCCUGGUGGUAGUCCCUUGACAAGGGUCGCUCAGGUCUUAGUUGCCUCUUUCCGCAAACGAAAUGCAGCUUUUACAAGCAGCGAAUUCAUCGGUUUGUACGAGGUCCCUGGCUUGAAAUCUGCUAUUAAUGGCAGUCGUAAAAUCCCUCAUUCCGAUGAUUUUAUAUGGUUAGACAAGGCGGCACUUCAGUUAAAAGAAGACGGAUUAGAACCAUCUCCAUGGAAGCUAUGCACAGUAACACAAGUGGAGGAAGUGAAGAUUCUGAUCAGAUUGAUUCCAAUCCCUGCAUGCACUGUAAUGUUGAGUCUUGUCCUCACAGAGUAUCUUACACUCUCAGUGCAACAAGCUUACACACUAAAUACACACAUUCAACACCUCAAGCUUCCAGUGACGUGCAUGCCUGUCUUCCCAGGCCUCAGCAUCUUCCUCAUUCUCUCUUUAUAUUACUCUGUAUUCGUCCCUAUCACCAGAAGGAUCACUGGCAAUCCCCACGGUGCUUCCCAACUUCAAAGGGUGGGCAUAGGGCUAGCAGUUUCUAUCAUAUCAGUAGCUUGGGCUGGGCUAUUCGAGAACUACAGGAGACAUUACGCGAUACAACAUGGUUUCGAGUUCAACUUUUUGACCCAAAUGCCUGAUCUAACCGCGUACUGGUUAUUAAUCCAGUACUGUCUCAUCGGAGUCGCAGAGGUUUUCUGCAUCGUAGGCCUAUUGGAGUUCCUUUAUGAAGAAGCUCCAGAUGCUAUGAAGAGUAUUGGUUCGGCUUACGCUGCUUUAGCAGGCGGGUUAGGGUGUUUUGCUGCCACUAUUUUGAACAAUAUCGUCAAGGCCGCGACUCGAGACUCAGAUGGGAAAUCGUGGUUGUCGCAGAACAUCAACACUGGGAGAUUUGACUGUUUGUACUGGCUGCUCACGCUUCUAAGCUUUUUGAAUUUCUGUGUUUUCCUUUGGUCGGCUCAUAGGUACAAAUACAGAGCUGUUGAGUCUGAAGAAGACAAAAGCAGAGCACUUCUUUAAAGACCCCAUUUCUGUGUCCUGUUCUGCUUAUCAUUCUUUUUUGGAAAGACGGUAGUAACUGUGUCAUCCUAUUUUGUUAUUGUUUAAUCCGCUUAACGGGAUUGUUAAGAAGACCAUAAAA